AUGAAUGAUGGAACGAAAAAUGGUCAAACGGAUAACUGCCAUCAACUGAAUGGAAACUGUUGGGAUUCAAAUUUGGAAAUUGAUUACACUCGACAAAGCAAAGGAAGAUAUUUCAGCCUAGAUGUUGGCGAUGUUACAUUUUAUGUUGAUCCUACUGAAAUGUCUAAGAAAUCGCUCUAUUUCGAGCUUCUUACAACCAGUCAUCAUUUUAUGGAAGGAAUUAACGGUUGCAGUCGUUUACACGAUAGGAGUGAGGAAAUUGCAUGCAUGUUACACUCUAUAUGCCCUACAGUUUACAAUAUAUAUCCACGAAUUAUUCGGGUGCAAUCGAUUCCAGCACUUGCUCGUUUAGCUGAUAAAUACGAUUUGAAAAAUUUGCAACAUUGUUGUGAGUAUUUUGCGCUGAGAGCAAAUUUCCAAAAAUAUGGAAAUAAUGAUUUGGUUAAAUUACUUCAAACAGCAAUUAUGUAUAAUUAUGACUUAAAACUUCGAGAAAAUCUCAUUAAUGAGUUAAUGAAUCGCUCAGAAUUUCUUAACAAUUCAAUGAACAAUGAAAUGACGAAGGAAAUUUGCAGUAUCAUUGUAAAGCAUAGUUUAAAACAUAAUCUCACGAAUAUAUUCGGAGGUAUAUGUUAUAGCUGUGGAUUACAGAGAUCUUUUAAUUAUUCAGGUGCUGGAAACUGCUGCUGUAUGUGGAAAUGUGAACGGUGUAAAUCAGUGUAUUGUUUGAAAUGUAAAUUGGUACCAUGCAUGGUAGAAGUAGAAGAGCAUCUAAGAAAGACGUUUGAGAAGUAUGAAAUGGAACAAUUGAGAAAAGAAAUUGAAUCUGAGAUGACUGCAAAAAGAAGCUAA